GGUUUGGGGGAACGCAAAGCUCCACCUCACUUCAGGAGUUACUCACUGGCGGGCUUGGUAAAGCCAGCACGCGGAGAGGUGGGAGGACGGUAAGGGGGCGGGGCUUUGGUGGGUGAGUUCCGGUAGAACUCGAAGCUCAUUGGUCGCUGGCCACAGAUGUGGGAGGAGCAAGGCAGCGCUGGAAGCUCAUUGGCCUUUGUGCGAAGGGCGGGAAAGGGAGAGAGAAGUGGUCUUCCCUCCCACCUCCUGUCACUGCGGCUGGAGGCUGAGGUAACCACAGGCUGGCAUCAGGAAUACGACCCUCGUUCUCCACACAUCUUCUUUCCUCCCUCCCUCCUGCUCUGGAUCACCAACCCCUGCUCCUCUCCUCCACCUCAGUGGGGUCCCUCCGCCCGCUCCUGAUGUCCAACUCAGUCACCCGCAUCCCCACCUCCACCCCCAACCAACAACAUCGGAACGCCUGGGGGAGGAUCCCCUGCCUCAGACCCUUGACUCCUGGCCUCUGGAACCUGAGGCAGGGCAUAUGCCCCUGCCUUUGAUUUUGAUGUGGUAGUGGCAGCGAAUGACUGGGCUGCCUUGAGACGAGGUAGUACACCCUGGGUUUGGGGGACAGGGAAGGUGUACCCAAGCAUAACUGUUGAAGCGUGAAGAGGAUCAUGGGAGAUUGUCAGGAGGUUGUGGAGGGAAUACAUGGGUUUGAAUGAAAGCAGAGAGGGUGUGUUGGUGGAAGAAAACAAUUAGUGCAGCGAGGAGUUGUCUGUUGACCAGAUCAGGGUCUGGCAUUCCAUAGGGGGCCAACAAGGAUCUAGUCAAUGACUAAUCGAAGGGAUGAAUAAAACAUAAUUAUCGAAAGAGGGGCUUGGGAUUCAGCAGCAUAAUAUAAUCUCAUGGGGUGCAAAGGGGUGUCCGCUUAAAGGGGGAAAAAGAAUAAUUAAGAUUACAGUGGGGUGCAGAAGAAGAUCAGAAUGGGGUGUGAGAGGAAAUUCGAACAUAGGAUGUACAUGAGACUAAUAACAGAAUUGAGUUCAGGAGCCAUAGAGUCAUGAGUAGGGAGUGAGUGAAUGCGGGAGGUUAGGAAGACAACGGUGGAAGUGAAUGCCAGGAAAAAUAGGUAUAGCAGAGUAGAGGAUGACACAUGAGAAGGGGAGGGCAGGAAUUGUUGAAGGGGGCACAAGAGUGAAUGUAUAUGCCUGAAAAUGGGGUCUAUGUAGAGUGAAGGUAGGCAAGGAGAAUGAUGAUUGGAUUGAAAGUUGACAGGAACCAUGCCAUGAGUUGCUUGGAACGAGGCUUUGCGUGAGUAGGGCCUCCUGGGCAGGAGGCUGUGUGAGCAAGAAGAGUGGGUGCGAUCCAAUUUCAGCGGUGAGCUGGAUGAAGAAGAAUCCAGGCACCUCAGGUGGGGAUUUUGAAGGGCAGAGGAAGUAUGCUGAGGGUAGGGGAUCAUGUGGCCAUCCUGACAUCCACUCCUGGCCCUAGAACCAUGGAUCCCAAUGAAAUGCCUGCUGUGCCCUGCUGCACCUCCGACUCCCCCACUGGCCUUGAGACCAGAGCCCCAUGGGGGAUCGAACUUGGCCCCAAAAGAACUGUAAGUUGCUGUGCCCGCUGCUACAACCAUGGCCUCAAUGACCAAACCAAGGACCAGGAGCACUCCUGCCCCUUCCAGGCUUGCGAAUGUCACAAGUGUGCCUUCUUCUCGGAUCCCUGCAGAGUCUUGCCUGCUGAGAGUGCCUUGAAGAGGGAGCAGGGGGCAUGCCUAAAGAGGCACCUGACUCAAGGACUGAUAACGAGUGGGGCCUCCCCUCCCAAAGCUCACAGCCAUGUCCAGAAGUUGACCACUCAAGGAGGAGUCGUCAGCGAGCACCCAAGGAGGUCUGCUGAUUGGUCAGGUCCCAAAAUCUUUGUCUCUGUCUUGGACUCCAGCAGCCUUGAAGAUGCAACUCACAACUUCUCUUUCCAGGAAGACCCACAGGACCCCUGCCCUGUCCAGCAUGGUCCUGAGGCUUCUGACCAGGACUCAGUUUCUGCCUCCUCAGAGUGGCAGCGGAAGCUGGAAGCCGCUGAGGCUCUGCUGAUGCUGAGAAACUCUUCUCAGGCAUCUUCUGGCUCCAUCUCCCUGCUCCAGCCCUGCGUGGCAGCAGCUCCUGCUGGAGAUGGAGGACUCCAGCCUUCUAGCUCCUCUCUCCGACCCAGGCCAGCCAGCUCCAUUUCUCUGCCUAUUGGACAUCUGGGGUGCAUCUCCCUCUUGAGCUAGAAACCCAGAAGAGGAGGCCUCACCAGAGUACUUCCUAUUCAUGCAUUUGCAAAAUGUUUAAGGUCCAAAAUGCUUAACAUGUUUGUUUUUUUAACCUCUAGGUUCUUUCAUAAGCUUUUCAGACUCUUUUUAUGAUACGGGACAAUUCCUUGGCUGAGAGUGGAUAUUCUUGUACCACCAUCCCUUAAUGCCUAGAUUCUGGGGCCUUUUUAUGUCUCUUAUGAAAACAGCGUCAUGGGGUCUAAGCUGAUCAGUCUCUAAAUAGGGUUCUGUGGGAGGUCAUAUGUUUAUAUGCCAGAGUUUUCAUUUGACUCGUGAUUGCAAACAUACCCAUGCACUCAUGCAUGUAUGCAUGCUUGUCAAAAUAUAAGGGUGUUUUCAUUUUGUGUCUAGGUUUGUGUGUGUGAACAAAUAAUAAAUUCUCGUUGUUGUAAGGCACUGCGAUAUAGGAGUUGUUUGCUACCACAGUAUAAUGUAGACUCUCCUGACUCUAACAGACUUGUUCAGUUUACUUUUCUAAGUGAGAAUCACCUUACUCGAUAACUGGGCUUUCUUAGCAUGACAAGACAAGAAAAUGGUAGCGAAAAAAGGGGGAGAUGGUGAGGGGGGUAAGCGUUUUACUCAUUUAGCAAGGAAGUGCCUACCUUCUGCCUGGCAUAGACUGCUUCCAGCUGUCCAGAGGGCCCCAAAUUGGGUUGUCUUCAGGGUCAAGCAGGUCUUGCGAAUGAGCAGAGCAGGACUGAUAGGCUCUGGCCAACUGACAGCGCAUGCUCUACCUUAGGGGCCAGCUGCCACCUGGCUCCAGCCAAUUGUUGUCAUGUAGGGAUGUGGACUCUUCAUUGCCACAUCUCCUGAUUUUUCAAGAGAACAUGGAAUUCUAGAUUUCUAUGUAAAAUAUCUCAAUUUUAAAACAUUGGCUCUGGUUUCCUGUACGUGGGCCAAAGAAAACAUCCAUUCAGGCCAACUAUGGCCAAGUGAAUGCCAGUUCGAUUCUAGUCGAAUGUGUAUUUUACAGUGGGGGGCACUGAAGGCAACCAGGGCCAGAAGAAUCAAAGAGGGGACAUGAAUUAGACCCAGAGCCUACUUUUGAAGGACCCAUGAAAUAUGAGGAAGAAUCAUUAUCAUUGAUUUUGUGCCCACUGUAUGCUAAACACAUAGAGCCUCACAGCAGCUCUCUGAGCUAAGCAUUAUUACCAGUCUUUUACCUAUGAGGACACACACUAUAUGAGUACAAGUAACUUGCACAAGUGUUUUAGGGGAAAUUUGUAGCCACAGAUGGAUGGAGGAAGACUCCCUUCUCUUUGCCAGGCCCUAAAUUAGCUAAUAAUUUUAUAAGUUUUAAAGACUAAAUUCUAUAAAGUAGCAAUUACAUUACCUGCAUUAUAUUUAAAACAAUCAUAAUACAUACUCAUCAAUCUCUCAUUACUUUUCCUACAUCCUGAUAGUAUACCUAUGUACAUAUACCAUUGAGUGAAAGGUUCAAAACUUGAAGCAGCAGACAUCCAGUGAGAAGAGUCUUCCAAAAAUAGUUCUUUUGUUUCCUAUUCAAUGUAACAAUAUGUAGUAGUGGAUCAGAUCUUACGUGCGCUGAGAUCAUAUCUCGGUCUUCUGCUGAUGUUCCAAACAAAGAAGGACCUGGAGACCCCGCCCAGAAGACGGAAAGCUCCACUGGAUAUGCCCAGUCGCUGACUAUUUCCCAUUGUGUUUUCUCCCUCCUCCCAUGCCUCCCUCAUUUUUACCCAAGACGAUUGAUGGUGAUGACUUCUGAUAACUUAUGCUUUCUUGUUUCAGGCCUUGAGAAGUCAGGCUUCUUAUAUUCCUUAUCUCAUGCCAGAUAAACAUGCAAGGCCACUCAGCACAUAGGGCAAGACUGAUGUCCAUCUCAUGCUUUCCUCCCUUCCCUGAUUUGCUCCUUAAAUCAGUGAUCCCGAGACCCCUCCUCGCCCAGUAUUAGAUAAACAAGGCCACACUGUCACAGAGGAAGGAAGCAGUGUUGCCUGGAAAAGGCCCAAAACCCUGCUAUGCAGUUGUGUCCUAGGUGCACCACGGUCCCACAGCUGAGUUGGUAAAGGAGAAAGUGUAUUUGGGGUCAAAGUUUGUAGCAUGAGAAGAGGGAGGAAAAGAGAAAUAAAGUGAUGGAGAUUGGGAGAAGGAGUCAGCCCCCCUUCCCUGUACCCUUUCACUUUUCUGAGUCCCACCUGCCCUUCUACACAGAGCCUCUUAGACCUGAUAUCCAUGCAUCCUCCCCCGCACCCCACAAAUGCACGCGUGCAAGCACAUGCGUGUACGUACACUGCCCUAUGCCUUUUUUAAAAAGUCUCUUAACGGUGGCAUAUUAUGGGCAUCUUAGGGCUUUGUCACAAAUAUCAAAU